CGAACGAGCUGGAAGCCUCCUCGAUCGCCUCACUCCCCUCGCACGUGCCUCCGGACCAACCGCCGUGGUCCCCCACUCGCGGACACACUCUCUGGGCUCCUCCCACCUCCGCCUCUUCCGCCGCCGCGGGUGCCGGCGACGAUGCCGCGCAAGGCCUUCUCCAACUCAGAUGCGCGGGCCAAGUGGCGGAAGCAGAAGCGCGCCGCCAACCCCUCUCAGUCGAAGCAGCCGGGCGACCACUCCGACGACUCCGACUCCGCCGCGGCCGCGAACGGCGGUGGUGGCGACGACGACGUGCCGCGCUCCGCCUCCGCGAACGGGGGCGGAGGAACCCUAGCCGGCGGCGGCGGCGAUGAGGACCCGGUGCUUGACCUCCGCGAGACGGAGGUGCUCUCCUCCGCCGAUCCCGUCUCCGGCUUCCCCGCCGCCGUCCGCCGCGCUGUCGGCCGGCCCCAUCCCUCGGUGCUUGCUGUGGUCGCUGCGGAGCGCGCCGCGGCUGGUGCCAGCUGCGCUUCGGCUACCCCGGCCCUGGCGCCCGCGCUCGAGAACAUUUCGCACGGGCAGCUCCAGGUGCUCUCGGCCAUGCUGCCCGACCACCCGUCCCUGUCGAACGACCCUGACAAGCCGUCCACCUAUGUCUGCACCGCGCAUCCGCUCAUGGAGGGCCGUGGCGUGCCCAAGCAGUUCUACGGCAAAUUGCACAUCGUGCCCAGGCACUCAGAUUGGUUUUUGCCGACGACGGUGCACAGGUUGGAGCGGCAGGUGGUACCACAAUACUUCUUGGGAAAGUCCCAAGGGCACACACCAGAGAGGUACAUGAUGUUGAGGAAUAAGGUGAUUGCAAAGUAUUUGGAGCAAUCUGAGAAGCGACUUGUGUUUUCCAAGUGCCAGGGACUUGUCACAAGCACGGCUGAAUUGUAUGACCUGAGUAGGAUACUUAGGUUCUUGGAAAGUUGGGGGAUCAUUAAUUACCUUGCAGCCGGGUCUGUGCAUCGGGGCCUGAGGAUGGCAGCAUCGCUAAUCAAGGAGGAGACAACAGGGGAGCUGCAGCUGGUAUCUGCACCAAUGAAAUCAAUAGAUGGUUUGAUUUUGUUUGAUAGGCCAAAAUGCAGUAUCCGGGAAGAGGAUAUAGCUUCUGUGGUGUCAACUUUGUCUGUUCCAGUGGUGGAAAAUGGUGAUGCCGCUGCAGAUUUGGAUGAGAAGAUCUGGGAGCACUUAUCAGAGAGUUCUUGUAGUUUCUGCUCACAACCUUUGACCGACUUGCACUAUGAAUCACGAAAGGAGGCAGACAUUUCUCUUUGUUUGGAUUGCUUCCAUGAUGCAAGAUUUGUUACUGGGCACUCAAGUUUGGAUUUUGAGAGAGUGGAUGGGACGAAAGAUGGUUCAGAAACUGGCGGAGACAGAUGGACUGAUCAGGAAACGUUACUGUUGUUGGAGGGCAUAGAGAAGUUCAAUGAUAACUGGAAUCAUAUAGCGGAGCAUGUCGGAACAAAGUCAAAGGCACAAUGUAUUCACCAUUUCAUUCGUCUUCCAGUGGAAGAUGGUUGGUUAGAGAACAUCAAAGUGCCAGAAGCAUCCCUUCCGUCCAGAAUGCAAAGCAAUGGAAUUUUGCAUUCAGAUUCCAAUGGUGGUACUUCAGGUUGCAUUCCUCAUAGUAGGCAACCUGGAAACCAGAUUCCAUUCAUUAAUUCUUCUAAUCCGGUCAUGUCACUGGUUGCAUUUUUGGCCUCUGCUGUAGGGCCAAGAGUUGCAGCAUCCUGUGCAAGUGCAGCGUUAUCUGUUUUGACAAGAGAUGAUCCCAGGAUAUGUUCAGAAGGCAUUGAUGCUAUGAGUCAUGCUGCUCAUCCGAACUACGAACCCUCGUCAUCCAUCUCUCCUGAAGCUGUCAAAAAUGCUGCAAUAUGUGGAUUGUCAGCAGCAGCAAUGAAGAGUAAACUUUUUGCAGAUCAGGAGGAGCGUGAAAUUCAGAGAUUAGCUGCCACCAUCAUAAACCAUCAGUUAAAGAGAUUGGAGUUGAAGUUGAAGCAGUUUGCCGAGGUUGAGACCAUGCUCUUGAAGGAAAGCGAGCGGCUUGAGAGUACGAGGCAGCAGCUUGCAGCUCAGCGCGUCCGGAUGUUGUCAGCUCGGUUUGCUUCCACAGGACCCGGAGGCAGCAGCACUAUGGCUACAAAUCCAAUGAAUCAGGCCACCAGCCCUAGACCGCCAGUAAUGUCAGGCUCAAUGCCACAGGCCAGCAUGCCGGCGUUGUACACCAAUAACAUGCAAGGGCAUCCCCAGAUGGCUCUGCUGCAGCAGCGGCAACAGAUGCUCUCGUUUGGGCCUCGCUUGCCGCUCUCAGCAAUCCACCCUGGCUCAUCCUCGUCGGCACCCAACACCAUGUUCAACCCUGGGAUGCCCAACUCGGCAACUCCUAAUCACCAUCCAUUGUUGAGACCACCCUCAGGGAACAAUUCAAAUGUAGGUUAAUGAGAUUAGUUUUUUUUUCCCGGUCGUAGAGUCCUGGGUUGUAGUCCUGAUUUGUGAGCAUUGACCAUUGUAAUUCAUUUGCACAAUCACAUAUAAAUGUAGUUUUUACCAGCAA